AUGGCCUACCACAUCCAGCGUACCAUCAACACUCCAAUUACAUCUGGACCACCAGCAGGCGCACUGGCACUUGCUGCUGCAGCGGUCAAGCGUGCGCUGCAAGUCUGGAAGAAAGGGGUCAACACGUUGGCUGGAAAACAGUCCAAGAAUUCUCCUGACAGUUUCGGCAAAGAUCCUUGGGGCGCAAUAGCGAAGCAGCAUUACAAGAACACCCGGGCACUAUCAAUGGAGAAAUGGAAUGAGAUUUACCUGCGUUGCCGGGAGUUUAGCGCAGGCAGGAAAGGGGAUGAUGAAGACUCAGAUGAAGAUUCGGGGGAAGAAAGCGAUGAAGUGGAUAUGUCUGAGUAA